AUGGCGGCCGUAAAAUUUCUUAAACUUAAGAAUCGUGUCACUAUGAUUAUUAGAGAGUGUGGCACAGCCUUUCAAUGUCAAUACUGUCAAUAUGUCAAAAAUGUUAAAAGUCGAAUGACUAUAAAACCGGCAGUUUAUGAUUUUUUACCAAUAUUUUUAUAUAUAUAUGGAUCGCCAAACGAUUCAAGAUCCUUGAACGUCAGGUUUGUUGAUGAUGUGAGGGUAUACGAGUCUAACUAUACUGAUUAUAAUGAUGUCAACAAAAUCAGAAGUUUAACUGAUACCAGGCUAAGAGCGAGUGGCAUCACUACACUCGGCUUUCAGCUUCACUGUAAAAUAAGAGCAGCCGUAGAUACUGAUGGAGAACGGAUGGCGAGUUCACCGUCAACUAGUAACAAUAAAUUUAUAGGAAUAAUAGUUGCGAAUCCGGUUAUGAAUAUGAAAGAAGGAGAAACAGCAAGGAUAUGGAUUACGUCUACAGUUCCUAUAGGUUGUCCUGAGGGGUGUACAUUAACAUUAACUGCUGAUAUACCCCAGGAUGAGGACAAGAAAUGUGAACCUACUCCUACAGCUAAUGGUGUAUGUGGUAUUUCUAUUAACACUGAAGAAUGGAACGAGUGGUAUCAUUUAGAGGUCACUUCAACUAUAACUGAGGAUUAUGGACAAACAGUUACCCAAAAGAAAAUAUUUCUACGAACGGAAGGUUUAUAUUUGGAUCAACCUAUCUGGGGGGAUUAUUUACUUCAACCAGUAACGAUCAAUAUAGUCAAGGAUACAUCGUUCAUUAAAGGCAAAAUAUGUGCAAUGUACAGCUAUAUUUUGUAUUUUCGGGAUUUCUACAGAACCGUGGGGAGUAAGAGUUAUUUUCAACUAGUUGGUACAUACUUCUUAUUACAAAUGGAUAAUGUGGAGGUUCAGGUGAAAUUAACGGAUUGUUCUGGAGAGGGAACAGGAUAUUGUGUUUGUGGUGUUGUAGUAAGAGUAGGAAGAACUGCCUUUAUGAUCAACCACUGUAACCUAGGAUACUGGUAUAUUGACUAUAUAUUAUGUGACGAUGGUGGCGAUAUGUUUUGUGUAAGAAAAAGAGGAGACACAGAAUUUGAGAUAUAUUUGCCAAGUGAUACAAAAAUACAAAUCUAUCUGAAUGCAAAUUCUAAUGCCAACUGGUUGAAUGUAGAAAUAUUCCCCUCAAUAAGAGAUAUUGGUAGAACAUCUGGUUUAUGUGGUGAAUUAAUAGCUGAUCCACCUGCUGUACAAUACAAUGACAUAUAUUUCAACUCCUUCAGAGUCUUGAGAGACGUGAACUUGUUUAAUCCGACCAACUCGAUAACUCUGCCAGUCUUGAGAUCUAAUAACACUGUAAGAUUCGAACAUUGCCUUUGUGAUGAGGAAAUAAGUUAUAAGGUAGAGAACACUGUUAACUGUAGUCCAGUACCAGGAGCGACAACCUGUUCCUCAGACACAGCUUAUACCUUGUUCCAUAAAAAAAGAUGUAUCAAUCCUUUAAGAAAGAAAAGGUCGCUUCCUCGGGGUUCACAACCUCAAAUACUACACCACCGACGACUCAGGCGGGAUGUAAGAUGGAAGAAUGGAUGGACUAUGGACAGUGCUAGUGAAUAUUGUUCUGGUCUGUUUAAUAAUUCUAUGGUUAUUAAGAGAUGUGAAGGUAUAAGAGGUAUUAAUAUUGAAGGGGCUAUAGAAACAUGUGUUAGUGAUAUACAGCUCAGUGGAACUGAUGUGUUUGCACCCUCCGCAUUAUCAUCUGUCAGAUCUCAAUGUUUACGUAAAGCCAGAAUGAAUAGAGUCUUACGAGAAAAAAGGGUAGAAAACGGAAAAUGUAUCUGUAACUCUGGGUAUAUUGGAUCCGACUGUUCAGUAUCACUCAAUAAACCACCAUUAGCCCACAAUCUAGAAGCUGAUGGACAUUGUGAUUUAUCACUAGACGAUUGUACUGAAGUGGCUGUUUUUGGUGGGAGAUUUGUAGAUGCUGAACAGACCAAGUGUAUACUGUUACCAUUUGAGAUAAAGAAUGACCAAGUUACUGUCAGUGAAGAAAGAAUAAUACAAACAGCAUUAUUUGAGAGUAUUGGAGAAGUAACGUGUAAAUUACCAUCUAGAAAACGUAGAUUGGGAUCUGUAGAUGUACCAGUUAUCGAUGAAACUGUGACAGGUUAUAAAGUCUCCGUAUCUAAUAAUGGACAGAAUUACAGCCAACAGUUAAAUUUCAUCAUAUAUAAUACAGAAUGUAUAAACUGUAAUAUAGAUAACUCGAAUAAAAUUAUCUGCACAUUUUCGUCUAACUAUUGUAUUAUAGAUGCUAUAUGUUAUAGUAAUGGUUUAUUUCAGUCUAACUAUUGUAUUAUAGAUGCUAUAUGUUAUAGUAAUGGUUUAUUUCAGCCUGAUCAUUGUAUUAUGGAAAAUAUAUGCUAUAGUAAUGGUGAUGUGUGUAACACUGGUGACACAGAAUUUAUAUGUCAAGCUAACAGUAAUGGAAAAACUUGGAAUCCGGAUGGAAUUGAUGCUGUUGUAAUUGGUAUAUCAGUAGUAGCAGUUGUUGUUAUCAUUGUAGUUAUUUUACACAUUAUCGUAUGUUUGAAGAGGACAAGGUCAGUUGUCAGUUUACUAUGUUCCUCCUUACGACCAUUAAACAUAGUGAAUAUUCAUCCCACCGAUUUAAAAUCAAUGAAGUCGCCUAUGUGUUUGAUGAUAGACGAUGGAUUUGUCCCUGCUAACAAUAGACAGUAUUAA